GCGGCCUUCAGGAUGUGGAGGCUCUGUAUAAUCCUGGGGUUCUUUACCCUGACGACGUGGGGUGUCGAUAGGAGCAACUUCAAAACAUGUGAACAAAGCGCAUUCUGCCGGCGGAAUCGUCGGAUGCAACCAGGGAAAUCACCCUUCGCAGCUUCCACGUCCAAGGCCGUUCAGAUAGACUCGGAGAACAUAGCUCUGGAUCUGGUGAAUACUUUGAAUCAGAAGGAAUUCACUCUGUAUCUUAAAGCCUACGAAGGACCGUCAAUCCGCGUGAUGAUCGAUGAAAGCGAUAGGUCACCCUUCAAGAGAUAUGUAGCCCUCCCUGCCCUCCAAGAUCGUAUCACCCAGGCACCGGUCACGAUAACCUCUCAGGGGGAAGAAAAAAUGGAAGCCUCCUUCGGGAAAAAUAAAGAGCAUCGCCUUGUGAUUUUCUCGGAUCCAUUCAAAAUCGAGGUGUACUCCGGGGAGACGCUGGUGAUCACAGCCAACGGCAGAGGGUUGAUGAAAUUCGAGCACUACCGAGAGCGGGAGCAGAAAAAGGCUGACGUCGAAGCUGAAGUUCAUCAAGAGCAAACACAGGAAGAAGACGCGACGAAAGUUUCGUAUAAUGAACGAGGCGAGAAGAUAGUGGAUGGUGAGGCUAAGAAGGUAGAGGACGGUGAUCCACCGGAGGAUGGAGCCAAAGCCGCUGUCGAUGAGCCCAGCGCCGCCGAAACCGAUGGCGAAGACCUUGAUGGAGCUUGGGAGGAAACCUUCCGAGCACACACCGACAGCAAGGAGCGCGGACCCAUGUCCGUAGGAAUGGAUUUCACCUUCGAAGGCUUCGAUUUCAUCUACGGUCUGCCAGAGCAUGCCGAUAAAUUUGCGCUCAGCCCGACAAAGGGCAAGACGGAUCCGUAUAGAUUGUACAAUUUGGACGUUUUCGAGUACGAGACCUACAACCCGAUGGCGCUCUACGGCGCCGUACCGUACAUGAUGGCUCACAACGAGAAGCACACCGUGGCCAUGCUCUACCUGAAUCCAAGUGAGACCUGGGUCGACAUCGAGUCCCCGAACGGGGGCAUGCUCUCAUCCAUGGUCGGUUUCGUGAGCAAUCAGAAACAGGAAAGCAAACGAGAAACUCAUUGGUUCUCGGAGACUGGAAUCCUCGACAUCUUCUUCAUGGUGGGCCCGACCCCGCAGGACGUCGCGAAGCAGUACAGUGGAAUCACGGGAGUCACACCGUUGCCACCGCUGUUCUCUCUUGCCUACCAUCAGUCUCGCUGGAACUACAACGAUCAGGACGACGUACGCGACGUCGACGCUGGCUUCGAUCGACACGAUAUACCUUACGAUGUGAUCUGGCUCGACAUCGAGCACACCCAGGGCAAGCGAUACUUCACCUGGGACCCGGUGAGAUUCUCCGAACCGGAGCAGAUGAUCACCAAUCUCACCGCUAAAGGAAGACGCAUGGUCACGAUCAUAGAUCCGCAUAUCAAGCGGGACAUGAACUACUUCAUCCACUCUGAAGCAUCGGCAAACGGAUUCUACAUCAAGGACAAGUCCGGUGUGGACUACGACGGUUGGUGUUGGCCCGGGAGCUCGUCGUACCUCGACUUCUUCAAUCCGGCAGUUCGCGAUUUCUGGGCAGACAAGUUCGCUCUCGAUCAGUACAAGGGAUCCACUGAACAGCUGUUCACAUGGAACGACAUGAACGAGCCCUCUGUCUUCAAUGGACCGGAGGUGACCAUGCAGAAAGACUGCAAACACUUCGGCAAUCUCGAGCAUCGAGACGUCCACAACAUGUACGGACUUAUGCUGCAUAUGGCCACGUACGAGGGUCAUCUGCGACGGUCCAAUAAGAAAUUGAGACCGUUCGUCUUGACUCGGUCUUUCUUCGCCGGAUCUCAGAGAUACGGAGCUGUCUGGACUGGAGACAACAUGGCUAAAUGGGACCAUCUUCGCAUCACCAUCCCUAUGCUGUUGUCCCUGUCCGUGUCGGGUAUCACCUUCGUUGGGGCCGAUGUGUCAGGAUUCUUCGGAAAUCCGGAUCACGAGAUGACCACCCGUUGGUAUCAGAUGGCCACGUGGCAACCGUUCUUCAGAGGACACGCACACCACGACACGAAACGGCGGGAGCCUUGGCUAUUUGAUGAAACCACCAACUCCAUCGUCAAGGACCAGCUCCGAAUGAGAUAUAGCAUGCUCCCCUUAUGGUACACCUUGUUUUACGAGAAUGAGCAGCAAGCCCAACCUCCAAUGAGACCUCUUUGGUGGAACUUCCCCGAAGAUACCGAAGCUUUCGGGCUGGACGACAGUCAUCUCGUCGGCGAUACGCUGCUCGUGAGGCCUGUACUAGAGCAAGGAGCUACUAGUGUCAACAUCUAUUUCCCCGGGAAGGAUACCGUCUGGUACGACAUCUCGACGAGACAGAAGUUCCUCGGAGGGAAGACCUUGGUGCAGCCGGUCACUAUCCACUCGAUUCCGGUUUUCCAACGCGGGGGAUCCAUCCUCUUCACGAAAGAACGCGUCCGAAGGUGUUCCGCCCUGCAGGCGAGAGACCCCUAUACUCUGACAGUCGCGCUAGACAAAGCUGGAACUUUCGCAAAUGGCACGGUGUACAUGGAUGACGAGGUUUCGUUCGACUAUCGUAAACGAGACUUGAUUUACGCUUUGGCUGAGUACAGACAAGGGGUCCUGAGUUACCAGCUUCUCGUCGGACCCGGGAAAUUCGAGACGCCCGCUUGGGUCGAGCGGAUAAACAUCGUGGGGCUGACGGAACUACCUACGAAAAUCACUGACGGCGAGAAGCUCCUAGAAUUCUCCCAUUCAGAACACACGGUGACGAUCCGGAAACCUGCGUUCCACAUGGACAGCCAAUGGAGUUUGAAGCUUCAUUUUUGAGAUCUUCUUGGAACGAACCUGAAGUCGGACCCUUCCUGCGAAUUCAAUCGAAAACAAUAGUUGAACGAGCCGUUCCCGUUUGGGUGGCCCCGAAUGUCGAUAGGAUGAUAACCAAUGCCGUUGAUGACUAUAAUGGGAUGGUCGAUGUUGAUAUUUGAGAGAUGCUGUCGAUCCUGAGCCGCCAUUAUCGUCGAGUGUAUAAAGUCCACGAGAACAGACAACCUAAUGAAUUCAAGACGAAAGCAGGUGCUCAUGCCCGAACAUUGUCCAGCGCGACCUUUUGAUGAUCUUUCGUUGAAUGGCAGCAUUCCUGAUAUUUGAUAUACAAGUUGUUGCCUGCUCUCCGUCAUCCUCCUGUCAUUCGAUUGAUCGAUGAACGAUCAUUGUGAUCCGAGUGAUAGAAAUGAUGAAUAUUUUGAUUAUUGACUCAAGAAGCAAGCAUUCAAAAACUCAAUCGGUCUCCUUUCGGACAUAUCUUUCAAAUUCAAUCAAGCGGGGCGUCGGAUCAAACAUGAAGCGGUCCGACCACCAAGUUAUGUAUGUUUCAUAAAUAAAGGAUUGAUUCCGAGAUG